AUGGCGGGGAUGGCGCUCUGCGACCCCCACUGCCUCUUCAACAUCCUGCAGCAGCAGCGGCGGCUCCCCCGGGUGGCGGAGCCCGGGUACCUGUGCCUGCUGGAUGCCCGUACUCGGCGUGAGUACGAUGAGAGCCACAUUGUCACAGCACGGAGGAUUGAGCAGAGUCCUACGGGGCAGUAUCUGGUCCCGGAUUCCGAGGAGCUGGGGUACGUCAGGUACUGCGUGGUGUAUGAUGGUGAGACCAGCUCUUUGGAUUGCUGUGACAGUGAGGAAGAGGAAGAACAAGGGAGCAGCGUUGCUUCAGAGACUGAAAACACUGACUCAGGGUCUGUGUGUUCACAGAAUGCUGAGGAAGGAACCGCGGUGCGACACGCCCGGAGCUUGGAGCAGUUCACCCGCCAUCCCGUGCUCAUCCUGAGGGGAGGAUACAGGCUUUUCUCAGCUUGCUAUCUUUUUCUGAGGACUCAGAAGAUCCUGUGGAUGCCUCAGGAACUAGACAACUUCAAGCUAUACCCUGUAGAAAUACUGCCUGCAAGGUUAUAUAUGGGCAACUUCAAGCAGGCAUGUGACCAACAAAUUCAGAAAGAUUUGAAGAUCAAAGCCCUAGUCAACAUCUCUGAACAGCCUGCCACACUGUUUACAGAAGGCAAAAAUCUCCAUAUACCUGUUCCAGAUUCACUCGAAGCAGAUCUUUUUUCUUCCUUGCCCACCAUUUGUCAUUUCAUUGGAGGCUCAGACAAGAGGGUCGUAAUCUUCCCAGAUCAGCAUUCCCAAGGCAGCCCACACCCUCAUGGAUCCCAGAGCUGCCUCAUCAGCCAUCCCAAUGGCCAGAGGAGAUGUGACAGGGCAUCUGCCUCCAGUGAUCCUGCCUCACUCUCUGCCAAUAAUGAGCUUUCCACUAGAUCUAAGAAGGCUUUGCUGUAGGGUGUCUACCAAGGCUUGGAAGAUUCCCUCUUAUUCCUUUGUUCUGAAAUACAACCCUUGGAGUCUUACAAGCCCAAAUCUUCAACCACCAGAGCUUUAUUUGAACAAGAGUGUGACACACAUUGGAGAAUUUUCUACAAGAUGCUGCUAAUCUUUAUGAUUCACAGUGCAGACCCCCCUGGAGAGCUGAGGGAGACUUUCAGGUUGGACAGCAUUAACCUGCCUUCAGCUGAUGACAUCAGAGAGGGCAAGAAAAACCAUUCUCUCCAGCUCAGUCCUGGAGCAGCACAGCUCCUGCAGCUCCAUCCUGGGAUGGUGUCCAACCCUGUUGUUACCUUUGAUCCCACCAAUGAAGCAACACCUGCUGCAGACCAAGGCCCUGCUGAGCUGGGUGCUGCACAGACCCAGAAGCAAAAGACCACCCUGUCCCCACAGAGCUCAUCAUCCAAGCACAAAAUAAGAAAUGACAACUUGGACACAAACAAGGAAACAAUAUUUGGGGGUAUAAUAUAAACCCAGACAUCGAAAUCCAUUCACUUUCCUCUUGCCCCAGGUAUUUUCCCACUUGUAUUUCAGAAGAAAGUAUCUUUCUCACCUCAGUU